GGCUGCGGGAGCGCCCUGCGGGCGGCUCGGGGCGCUGUGGCACCGCGGGGCUGCCACGGCCCGGCCCGUGAGGGCUCGGUCCCGCCUGCCCGCCCUUGCCGGCCUCCCGCCCUUCCCGGCCACCACCAUGGCGUCGUGCGGGGCUUUCCACAGCUUCCUCUUCGAGUACGACACCCCCCGCAUCGUGCUGAUCCGCAGCCGCAAAGUGGGGCUCAUCAACCGCGGGGUGCAGCUCGCCAUCCUCGCAUACGUGAUCGGGUGGGUCUUUCUGUGGCAGAAGGGCUACCAGGAAACAGACUCCGUGGUCAGUUCUGUAACCACGAAGGUGAAAGGAGUAACCCUGACAAACACAUCCACCUUGGGAGCCAGGAUCUGGGAUGUAGCCGACUAUGUCAUCCCUCCUCAGGGUGAGAACACUGUGUUUGUCAUGACCAAUGUGAUACUGACGCUGAACCAGAGCCAAGGCCGCUGCCCAGAGCUGCCAGAUGAUAAAACGGAGUGCCAGGUGAAGAACAACAGCUGUAUUCCAGGAUAUGUCAGCACCCACAGCAAUGGCAUCCAGACUGGGGAGUGUGUUUCAUACAACAGCAGCAUUAAGACCUGUGAAGUCCUUGCAUGGUGCCCUGUGGAGGAUGACAGUCACAUUCCCAAGCCAGCGUUCCUACAAGCAGCUGAGAACUUCACCCUUCUGGUGAAGAACAACAUUUGGUACCGCAAGUUCAACUUCAGCAAGCGAAACAUCCUCCCCACUAUCAACUCCACCUACCUCAAGGACUGCAUCUAUGAUGCCCACACAGACCCCUUCUGCCCCAUCUUUCGUUUAGGGCAAAUAGUUGAAGCUGCAGGGCAGGACUUCCAGGAAAUGGCUGUGGAGGGUGGAGUCAUGGCACUGCAGAUCAACUGGGACUGCAACCUUGACAGAGCUGCUUCCCACUGUGUGCCAAAAUACUCCUUCCGGCGCCUCGACAACAAGGACGCUGCCCACACCGUCUCACCUGGCUACAACUUCAGGUUUGCAAAAUACUACAAGAACAGUGAUGGCACUGAAUCACGGACACUUGUCAAAGCUUUUGGCAUCCGCUUUCAUAUCGUAGUGUUUGGAAAGGCAGGAAAAUUUGAUGUAAUUCCCACCAUGAUUAACAUCGGCUCUGGCUUAGCGCUGUUUGGCGUGGCAACAGUGCUGUGUGACAUUGUUGUUCUGUACUGCAUGAAGAAGAGGUACUACUAUCGGGAAAAGAAAUACAAAUAUGUGGAGGAUUAUGAACUGGGAGUCGGUGAGACAUACGGAACCAACUCCUGAGCUCCUGCUGCUGCAGCACCAACUGCUGCUCUGAACUGCUGCUGUGAACGUUACUUGUCCCUGUUGGGAGACCACCCCCUCUUCACUGGAAGGAAGUGGGGAACCAAACUGAGAAAGGGACCAUCUUUGCUACUCUUCACUACUUUUCCUGGCUGGAGCCAGCCCCCAGGGAGAAGAACUGGGUCUGCUCCCUGCCUACUGUUCUUUCCAGAUUAAUUGCACUAAGCACAGAGGGAGAAUUGUGCUUCAUGACGGCCAGGCCUCUGCUCUGGCCACGCCUGGGACAGGGACAUUGUCAUUUUGACUGCCCUUCUUUCCCUGAGCUCCCUGUGCAGAGAGCACAGGAUAACAGGCAGGGAUUCUUCCUUACAGUGAACAUGGCCCCUGCCAGGUGUUGCCUAACCUUGGGAAAGCAGCUCCUUGCUGUUGUCAAGUCAUUUUUCCUUGUCCUGAAGGAUUGUGAAGCUUAGCUGAGCCUGCACCUACUAUUUAACUGUGUCUCCAAGCCCCAGUGGCCACAGACAAAGAUAAAGCAGUGUCUGGCUCCACUGUGCUGUGAUAAAUGGCUCACUGAUAACAGAAUAUUUUUUUUCUGUUUUGUCUAAUUUUUAUGGUACUACUUUAAAUUUUACUUCAAUAAAAUAUUACCCUCUCUC